GCUCGUCAUGACGACCACCGUGUCAGACCCGACGACCAUCACGCCGGACACGACGACCGUCGUUGACGAGCGUGUCGGACAAGAAGACGGCCGUGCUCGAUACGAUGGCGGUCGUGUGCGACACGACGACGGCCGUGUUUGACACAAUGGCGAUCGUGUUCUACCCGACGACGAUCGUGUUCAACACGACAACCAGCGUGUUCGACACGACAAGGAUCGUGUUCGACACGACGACCAUCAUGUUCGACACGACGAUGACCGUGUCGGACACGACGACGAUCGUGUUUGACACGACGCCCAGCGUGUUCGACAUGACAACGAUCGUGUUCAACACGACAACCAUCAUGUUUGACACGACGAUCAGCGUGUCGGACACGACAACGAUCGUGUUCAACACGACGACCAUCGUGUCUGACACGAUGACCAGCGUGUCGGACACGACAACGAUCGUGUUCAACACGACGACCAUCGUGUACGACGAUCGUGUUGGGGAAACUACUUUAAGUCCUAAACCUUCAGGAGACAAUUCAAUUAAAUUCGAGAUCGUAGUCGAGUUGAACACGACACUGCCCGAUCGUCGAUUCGAACACGAUAGUCGAGUGGAACACGACACUACCCAAUCGUCAAGUCGAAUACGAUUGUCGAGUCGAACACAAUCGUCGAUUCCGUUCGUCGAGUCGAACACGAUAUGCGAGUCGAACACGUCGAGUCGGACAACGAUCGGUGAGACGGACACGGUGGUCGAGUCGAACGCGAUCGUCGAGUCGAACGCGAUCGUCGAGUCGGACGCGAUCGUCGAGUCGGACAUGAUCGUCGAGUCGGACACGAUCGUCGAGUCGAACACGACCGUCGAGAACGAGUUGUCUAUGUCAGGGAAGGAUAUGUGUUUAGUUCAAAGAAGGGUAGAUGGGAGACUGGAUAUCGUGGUGGGUGGCCAGGUGGAGGACGUUGUCGCAUGGCGCGAGGUCGAGGCUAAACUCGUUUCAAUUCGGGAUGCUAUAGGCGCUUCUCUCGUCGGGAACUCCAGGUUCGUGCGAAUGACAUACAUUUCGGUGUUUGCUGAGACGGCGCAGCAGCUGACCUUCGGAUCGCCAAUUAGCGUGAUGAAUGGCCGCAACGGCGAGAUUGUUCUCCGUAGUCAGUAGAUAGCCUUCAUCAUACUGGAUGGCCAAAACGGCAUACUGAAUGGCCGAAAUGGCCGCAAAGGCGAGA